CAGUUUGGGUGGAGCCUAAUGGUCCUGGGGCGGGCCCGCUGGAAGAUGGACAAGAGUUGAAGCCGCUAGAGGAGGGGCGGGGCCCGAGGGGCGGGACCUCGGGUGGCCCCAGGUGGCCAGGUUGCUGGGUGCGUAGCCGCACAGUCCGAUUCAUCCCGGCCAGGGGAUGGCGUCCCCACGGGAAUUGACCCAGAAUCCCCUGAAGAAGAUCUGGAUGCCAUACAGCAAUGGGCGGCCCGCUCUGCACGCCAGCCAGCGUGGUGUUUGCAUGACCAACUGCCCGACACUCAUCGUCAUGGUGGGCCUGCCAGCCAGGGGCAAGACUUACAUUUCUAAGAAGCUCACCCGGUAUCUCAACUGGAUUGGUGUGCCUACUCGGGAAUUCAACGUUGGCCAGUAUCGCCGGGACAUGGUCAAGACAUACAAAUCUUUUGAGUUUUUCCUCCCAGACAAUGAAGAAGGCUUGAAAAUCAGGAAGCAGUGUGCCCUGACAGCCCUCUGUGACGUCCGGAAGUUCCUCAGUGAGGAGGGGGGACACGUGGCGGUUUUCGAUGCAACCAAUACCACUCGAGAACGAAGAGCAAUGGUCUUUAACUUUGGGGAACAGAAUGGCUACAAGACUUUCUUUGUUGAAUCUAUCUGUGUGGACCCUGAGGUCAUAGCUGCCAACAUCGUGCAAGUGAAGCUGGGCAGUCCUGACUAUGUUAACCGGGACAGUGACGAGGCCACUGAGGACUUCAUGAGGCGCAUCGAGUGCUAUGAGAACUCGUAUGAGACGCUGGAUGAAGACCUGGACAGGGAUCUGUCCUACAUCAAGAUCAUGGAUGUGGGCCAGAGCUAUGUGGUGAACCGUGUAGCUGACCACAUCCAGAGUCGCAUCGUUUAUUACCUCAUGAACAUCCACGUGACACCCCGCUCCAUCUACCUCUGCCGGCAUGGGGAGAGUGAACUCAACCUCAAAGGCCGGAUUGGUGGGGAUCCUGGACUAUCUCCCCGGGGCAGGGAGUUUGCCAAACAUCUGGCUCAGUUCAUCAGUGACCAGAACAUCAAGGACCUGAAGGUCUGGACGAGCCAGAUGAAGAGGACUAUCCAGACAGCAGAGGCGCUGAGUGUGCCUUACGAGCAGUGGAAGGUCCUCAAUGAGAUUGAUGCGGGCGUCUGUGAGGAAAUGACCUAUGAAGAAAUCCAGGAUCACUACCCACUGGAGUUUGCCCUCAGGGAUCAGGACAAGUAUCGCUAUCGGUACCCAAAGGGCGAGUCCUAUGAAGACUUGGUACAGCGACUAGAGCCUGUCAUCAUGGAGCUGGAGAGACAGGAGAAUGUGCUGGUCAUUUGCCACCAGGCUGUGAUGCGCUGCCUCCUGGCCUACUUCCUUGACAAGGCAGCUGAAGAGCUGCCCUACCUCAAAUGUCCCUUGCACACAGUCCUGAAGCUCACGCCUGUGGCUUACGGUUGUAAAGUGGAAUCCAUAUUCCUGAAUGUGGCAGCUGUGAACACACACCGAGACAGGCCUCAGAAUGUAGACAUAUCCAGGCCUUCGGAGGAGGCCCUUGUCACAGUCCCUGCUCACCAGUGACCACAUCUCACCCAGGACCCCCGGACAGCCCUCCCUUCUGCAGAGAGAGUCACUCUAGGCCUCCUUGGUGUUUGCAGUGCUGAUGAUGUCACCACGCAGGAACACUCCUGAAAGCCAUGGGUGGCUAGCAACACUCCAGUGACAGUGUUGGGUAAGGCUACUGACCUGCUGCUGAGUUCCCUGGGCUUUGUGCCCUGCUGCUGGCCCCUCUGCUCCAGCCCUCAAGCAGCCUGCUCACCAGCCUGGCUGCUUCACGAGGCUUACAACCUCAAAUGUGACACUGAGAUAGAAGUCUCACUAGAACGUCUGCACUGUGGCGCAGCUGCCUGAAAUGGGCCAGGUGACCCCUGGAGAGCUUCGGUGCCCUCUCUGUAGCCACUCUUGAAGCCAGAGGUCAGAUCUUCAUGGGACCUUCGUGUGCACUGCCUCAGGUGAAGGGAAAACCCUCCUUUCCCUGCCUGGAACGGAAGAGUGGAGUAGAAGAGCUGUCACCCAUAUCUGUGGGUGUUCAUGAGAACAGACAUCCUCUUUGGCGUUUAACACUGAAUAAAUGUAGAAGGCAGCUUUGUGAUGCCCUUCCUAAUGUUUACCAAGUUGUACACUGAAAUAUGGGAUAGCUGCAGCUCAGGCUGCCUUGUCCUAAAUUCCCCCACAGGGGACCAUGUAAUGGCAGGGCAGCUGCACGAAGUACCUUCUUGGCGCAUACACCAAAGUGCUCAUGGAAACUGUCUCCCCUACCUGGCUGUUGCUGUCACUGUCCACACAGGACUAAACACUGCUGACCACAAACAACAUGCCUUUGUCAUAAAUGGCUCAGAACUGAUAACCCUGUCAGAUGGUCUUCUUGUGUGCUGACCUGCACCUGCAGGACUGAGGAAGGAGAGGACAAAACAUGGAGGCAGCCCCAGCCAAGGGAGCAGUCCGCAGCCCCACUCAGUUUUGACUCAUAUACAACUUAAGCCCACUGAAAACAGCCUUAUGAAGCCUGGUGCCUCCCGUGCCCCGAGGCAGCGAAGUCAGGCUCCAUGUUUCAGCUGACCAGCAGAGUGACAAGCAGGCUGUGAAGCAGGGCAAGAAACUGUCUACAGCAGCAAUCAGUGCUCUGCCAUGAGGAAGCAAGGCCCUGCAUUCAAGAACAUUUCCAGGCCCGAAUCUGGCAGAACAGUUUACCUUUGGCAGCCCUGCCAGCCCUGAGCUGGGUAGCUUGCAGAUGCCAUCUGCCUCCAAGAAGCCAGUGCCAUUAUCCCCAGGCUGGAGCUGGGGCUAGGAUGGUCAUGACUCUCCUGUACUUGUCUCAUGAGACCCUCCAAGCCCUGGCUUGAAGCUACAGGACUGUACCACUGCCUUUGCAAUGUGGGGCCUGGGACUUUCGCUCCCUGUCUCUCAAAAUUUGAGUGAUGUUGGUCAUGUUUUCUCCACACACUUGUUAGCCAUAGCAGACCCUGUGGUCAGCAGCUACAAACACAUAGCUGGGUGCCGCUCGAGGUGGAGACCACCAAAGCCUUUUUCCUCUGUGCCCAGGGAGGACAGGAAUUGCUGGACUCAGAGGUGUUAAGAGCCUAGGGUUGGGGCAGAAGGAUGUCAUGGAGCAGGGCAUGUGCUGGGCAGUCCUUUCCUCAAGCACCUUGAAGGGUCCUCCGUAAGGCAGCUGUAUGCCAGCUUUUAGCUGAGAUGUUCAUGGACAGAAUUGCCAACAUUGUCCUGCUUUCCUUAGAACGUGUGGUUUUGGAUUUCAGUUGUACAUUGCACUGUGUCCAGCAUUCUUUGCAAUAAAUACUUUUUAAAA